AGGAUCCACACCUGGCCGGCCCUCGUGACAGAGCUUCACUCAGUACCGUCAACCGCAUCUGGUGUCCCUGACUAUUACUUCCUAAUAUUCCAUGAUAGUGCCAUAUCUUAAAACCGACCUUCUACUAUUGCUUAUAUUCUGCGCCGCAAUCAAGUAUCUCGUCAUCUCUCAUCAAAAGUACAUCAAAAAGGACCUGAGUCGUCGCCUUGAACAGUCGGAGUCUUCCAUAAGCAAGAUUAUCGUCUGACUCCCGUGUUUUCGUUCGGAUCGUACGAUAACCGGCUCUCACGAUCAAAACUGAAGCGGCGUAUUCGCGGCUUUGUUUUCCCCAUCUUCCCAUCAUCAUGUCGGAAUCCUGGGUGCCUCGAUGUUCGUUAGAGGAAGCUGACAAAAUCCUCACUGCACCUGGAAGUUUGCUUGAAGUCGAAACCCGUGUGGUUGGGGACCGCCUUCUACGUGUGUUCAAAAAUCUGUGGCCUUCCGCGCGAGCACUUUGGCUUCAUGCGACAAAAGAGCACGCGGACAAGAUCUAUGUCGUGUACGAGAAUGAGAGGAUCACGUUCCAGGAAAUGCUCCAGAGGUCAAUGCACUGUGCUGCAGUCUUUAGGGAGAUUUAUGGUGUCAGAAAAGGCGACCGAGUUGUUAUCUGCUCAAGGAAUGCUCCUGCUUAUUACGUUGCAUUCUGGGCCUGCCAUCUACUGGGCGCGGUUACCGCCCUCGUAAACGCAUGGCUUCCACUCGAACCCCUCCAACACUGUAUUGCGGUGACAAAAUGCAAGCUCAUCCUUGUUGACCCUGAACGAGCGAACGUCAUCGAACCCAUCAUUGAUCGUCUCAAGGACAUGGUGGGCGCAUCAGGUUGUAUCGUCAUGGAGGAGCACGAAGGCAAAGGCGUCUGGACUGGCAUGGAGAAUUUUGGAACGAUCUUCUCUCGCUCGUUGGCGAACCCGGAGUCCGGCCUUGACGAUCCUCAGAUAACUCCAGAGGACGAAGCCACUAUUGUUUUCACAUCCGGGACCACUGGUCUUCCGAAGGGCGUCCUAAGCUCCCAGAGAGCUUUCUUGACAGUCAUUUUCACGAAUGCAUUUAUCUCCGGUCGAGAUGCUGUUAGGCGGGGAGAGUCUUUCCCGCCGCCGCCUGUUGUUGGUCCUCAGAAAGGUGCUCUACUAUCAACACCACUCUUCCAUGUCACGGGUACAGCUAUAACACUAAAUGCGACAGUGUUCGGUUAUAAACUUGUCUUACUGAGAAAAUGGAACGGAUCAGAAGCGGCAAGAUUGUGCAGGGAAGAGAAUGUCAGAUCUCUUGGCGGUAUCCCAUUUAUGUUAACCGAUUUAGAGCAUGAGUUGGCCGGAUUCCCCAUGGAAAAUAUCACCUUGGGUGGUGCGCCUGUGGCUGGGUCUCUUGUUGUCAGAUCCAAGGGAUCAUUUCCUUCCGCAGUCAUGGCAAAUGCUUAUGGACUCACUGAAACCAAUUCGACAGCCAUUGGUCUUGCUGGGGAAGAUUAUAUGGCUCGGCCAGAAAGCAGUGGAUUGCCGCUUCCCGUCACGGAUCUCAUUAUAAUGAAACAAGAUAUCGAGGCUGUGCCAGGCGAAGUCGGAGAGGUAUGGAUUCGUGGUCCUGGUGUCAUGAAGAGAUAUUUGGGCGAUCAAGCGGCCACCGAUAAGGCACUGACACAAGAUGGCUGGCUUAUGACCGGCGAUUUAGGAUAUCGAGAUGCUGAUGGAUUUUUGUUUAUUAAAGGGAGAAUCAAAGAUAUUAUUAUCCGCGGUGGAGAGAACGUCGACUGUGUCUCGGUUGAGAGUGCAUUACAUACUGACCCAGGUGUAUUGGAAGCAGCGGCGGUCGGUAUACCCGAUAAGAGACUGGGAGAAUUGGUAGCCGCUGUUGUAACAGUUAAACCAUCAUGGCGGGGGAAGGUGAAGGAGGAGAAGCUUCUGUCUGUUGUGAGGAGGCUGCUACCUAAAUUUGCCGUUCCCAUAAUGGUUAUGGUGCAGGAUGGCGAGUUCGUCCACACUCCUUCAGGGAAAAUAGUCAAAUCCACUCUUCGAAUCGUGGCACAGAAGGAAUGGGAGCGUCGGACGAGAAAUUCUGAUUCUGUAAAGCACAAGCUCUAAACACUGAUAAAUGUUUCUGCAUGUAUAAGGGGUGGCCAAACGCAGAGGAUGUUCAUGAACCAGGACAUAAUUUCCAAUGGUCUCGUCUAACCAUGGUUUUCCGGGAGCCUCAGUGACCUUCCCAGGCAGUGACGGUGAGGCAGCACUUCGCCGGCUUAUUACCUUGAGGGUGGAUUGACGAUAUAGUCGUGGUAUUCUCACAAUGGUCGACGAUAUCAAAGGGGGAAGAUCGAUCCUUGCUGACGUUCUACCGCGUAUGCUUGUCCUCUUGGUCAAACGCCCUGCCUCCACAUUGUAUUUUGAUUCCCGGCUCCCGCGCAACAGUUCGACCC